AUGGAGCUUCUGGGAAAUGUGUUUGUUGUAAGCCUGGCAGUUGCAGACUUGGUUGUAGCAAUCUACCCAUAUCCACUGGUCCUCACAUCUGUAUUUCACAACGGAUGGAAUCUGGGAUACCUUCACUGCCAGAUUAGUGGCUUCUUGAUGGGCCUAAGUGUCAUUGGAUCAAUCUUCAAUAUUACAGGCAUCGCUAUCAAUCGGUACUGCUAUAUCUGCCACAGUCUCAAAUAUGACAAGCUGUACAGUGACAAGAACUCAUUGUGCUAUGUUGUUCUUAUCUGGGUCCUAACAUUUGUUGCUAUAGUGCCCAACCUGUUUGUGGGAUCGCUACAAUAUGACCCCAGGAUUUACUCGUGUACAUUUGCACAGUCUGUGAGCUCAGCAUAUACAAUAGCAGUUGUGUUUUUCCAUUUCCUGCUUCCUAUAGCCGUAGUUACUUUCUGUUACUUGAGAAUAUGGAUCCUUGUUAUUCAGGUAAGGCGAAGGGUUAAACCAGAUAACAACCCCAGACUGAAACCACAUGACUUCAGAAACUUUGUAACCAUGUUUGUGGUGUUUGUACUGUUUGCAGUCUGCUGGGCUCCUUUGAACUUUAUAGGCCUUGCUGUGGCUGUCAACCCAGAAACUGUAAUCCCUAGGAUUCCAGAGUGGUUGUUUGUAUCUAGUUAUUACAUGGCAUAUUUCAACAGCUGCCUUAAUGCUAUCAUAUAUGGACUCCUGAACCAGAACUUCAGAAGAGAAUACAAGAGAAUUAUUGUCACUUUUUGUACAGCAAAAGUUUUUUUCCAGGAUAGUUCUAAUGAUGCAGGAGAUAGGAUGAGAAGUAAACCUUCUCCAUUGAUUACAAACAACAAUCAGGUGAAGGUGGACUCUGUCUGA